UCUUUCCAAAAGGGUUUCCUGGUUUAGGAGGGGGAAGAGAAAUGAGCCCGGAGGGUAUUGUGGCUAUCCUGGGGCCACAGAAAUAAUUCCCAGCGUAGCAGAGGCCGGUCCCCAGUCUCCUGCAGGUGCGGCGAGUGCAAGACUGGUUACUCUGUGCUCUGGAUCCGGACUGGCAAAGGAUUGCUUAGAGAGCGGGAGGGCACAUUUCCGAGCCCCUUAGAAGCUCUGCGAGAUGCCAGACCUGCCCUCAGCCUUCCUGCCCCUCCUCCUCCUCUCCAAGUUUGUUACCCCGGUGACCUUUCGUCACCACCGCUACGACGACCUCGUGCGGACGCUGUACAAGGUGCACAACCAAUGCCCGGACAUCACGCGGCUCUACAACAUCGGGCGCAGCGUGAAGGGGAGGUACCUCUACGUGCUGGAGUUUAGCGACUACCCUGGGAUCCAUGAACCCUUGGAACCGGAAGUCAAGUAUGUGGGGAACAUGCACGGGAACGAGGUGCUGGGCCGUGAGCUGCUUCUGCAGCUGUCAGAAUUCCUCUGCGAGGAGUUCCGGAACCGGAACCAGCGCAUCCUGCGCCUCAUCCAGGACACGCGCAUUCACAUCCUGCCUUCCAUGAACCCUGACGGCUACGAGGUGGCUGCUGCCCAGGGCCCAAACACGUCUGGGUAUCUGGUUGGUAGGAACAAUGCAAAUGGGGUGGACCUGAACCGCAACUUCCCGGAUCUCAACACCUACUUCUACUACAACUCGAAGUAUGGCGGCCCCAACCACCACCUGCCCCUCCCCGACAACUGGAAAAGUCAGGUGGAACCAGAGACCCGGGCGGUGAUCCAGUGGAUUCGCUCCUUGAACUUCGUUCUCUCCGCCAAUAUGCACGGCGGGGCUGUGGUGGCCAAUUACCCAUAUGACAAGUCACUUGAGCAUAGGUUUCGAGGUCCCCAUCGCACCUCCAAUUCCCCUACACCUGAUGACGAACUCUUCCAGACGCUGGCCAAGGUCUACUCCUACGCACACGGAUGGAUGCACCAAGGUUGGAACUGUGGGGACUUCUUUCCAGACGGCAUCACCAACGGGGCGUCCUGGUAUUCUCUCAGCAAGGGAAUGCAAGACUUCAAUUACCUCCACACUAACUGCUUUGAGAUCACCCUCGAGCUGAGCUGCGACAAGUUUCCCCGACAAGAGGAGCUGCAAAGGGAGUGGCUGGGCAACCGGGAAGCCUUAAUCCAGUUCUUGGAACAGGUCCACCAGGGCAUCAAGGGAAUGGUGCUGGAUGAGAACUCUAACAACCUCACAGGGGCUGUCAUUUCCGUCACUGGCAUCAACCACGAUGUCACUUCAGGUGAACACGGGGAUUAUUUCCGGCUGCUGCUCCCGGGUACUUACUCUGUCACUGCCAAGGCACCAGGGUACGACCCCAAAACAGUGACUGUGACGGUGGGGCCUGUGGGACCAACAGUGGUUGACUUCCAACUCAAGCGAAGCUCAUCUCAGGUGUACCCUGUGCAGAGAGCUCCCGGCCGAGGACAGGGAAGCAGGGCAAAGCAGCCCCGGACAUCCAGAAAGAAAGACCCAGCAACGAAGCGGCAUAGGGGCCCUGCAUGAAGCCAGCACCCAGGAUCACACACAGCAAGGCCGUCCCUGCUCGAAAACCCCAUGGCCACACUUCUCUUUUAUUAUCUGGGACAGAUUUAGACACAGGCACAUACAGAACAGUUCCAAGUGUCUCUGUCUGCCCCAGGAGCAAGCCUUCCUCAGGCCAGCAUUAAAGGAGUCUGAACCUUCCAGAAACUGGUGCCACUGUGCGUGCCUGCAGCAGGGUUCUGGACAUCUUCCUGGGAGUCUGGUUGGGGUCACUGCAGGCUGAGAUAGGCUCCUGCUGGUUGUCUGUCUGUCUCCAGAGUCUGGCAUGGAGCUGGUGACAACGUGGUGCUGCAAGAGGCUGUCAAAAUGACUGCUGAGGCGAUUCAGAAUUCCCUGGGACCAUUUCCACAGUGGUCAGUGGUUUCUAGUAAGGAGGGGAUGUGACCCGCAGGACCCAGUUCCCCGUCCCUCACGUGUGACCACUGCCAACAAAUUUACACCUUUUGAAAUGUUUUCUGGGUAUGUAGGAGACAUAGCACCCCUGUAGCCUGGGACAUGUCCUGUGGGGCAGUGUUCGGGGCCUCUCAAGAGUCCCAGCUGAAACCACUGGUUCUGAAGGCAUCAUUGAGCAAAUUAGAUGUUUCUGAAUUCA